GUCGGGACGUUCUGCAUGGUGCUUCAGAAAGUGGCUGAAGAGGGACAUCUAGAGCUGACAGAUACCCUCAUUGAUGACAACAACAUGUCAAUAAAGACCAGUGUCACCAUAGAUAUUAGAUACCAGCCGAUGGAUGGCACAGGGGGGAUGUGGAGCGAUGGAGAGUUCCUGGAUGUCCCUGAUGAUCGUGAUGGCAUGUUUGCUUUUGAAACAGACAGCUUGCUUUCAGGACAGAGCCACGGGUCAGGGACUUCUCCUGGACGGUCAUUACAAGGGUCCAUACCAACCUUCAGAAAGUAAGUUAAACAGUUUCCU